AUGUCACACUUCAAGUACGGCUACGCAAUGAGCGAUGUCCCAGGCGACAAGAGGAUCAUCACCCCUCCAAUGCUCGGCAACAAGAUCUCCCUCUCCCUCGGCCACACCUCCACCUUCGUCUUCAUUGGAACCAAGGCAGAAAUCCUCGAAUGGUUCAAGACCGUCGGUCCUUCCAAAACCGUCCAAGCCGUCCUCUUCUACGACCGCCCCGCAUCCGACCCCUUGUCCCCAAAAGUCGACCUCGUUUUCGACCUCACCCCAUACCCAAACCCUGACCUCACCUGGGUUCAGUACUACCAAUCCUUUUACCGGUCUGAUCCUACACUGGAAGUCUACAGGUUGGAGAUUCGACCUGAGCAGUCGAAAUAUGACGCAGAGUUGGAGCCGCUUUACAGGAUGUAUGCGAAGAAUGGGGUGAACUUGGGCGAUAUGGCGACGGCGUUGGAGAAGAAGUGGUCGCAGCCUCCGACCAAGAACUAUCUGGAUAUGGUCAAGGAGGUCUUUAUGGAGCGCGAUGAGGCGGAUGAGCAUGCACAGGAAGUUGCAGAGGAGACUAAGAAGAGGGAUGAAGCUGCUCAGGAUGUUGACCUGGAGGACAUUGUUGUCAGUGCGCCCUCUGAUGUCAUUGGUGCCGUCCACCUGGCGACUAUCCGGCGCUAA